AUGCCACGAAAAGAGGAUGAUAUGGAGGAGACUGGGAAGCGCCACUGUUGGGAGUGUCGCCGGCGCCGAUUGGUCUGCGACUUCACACGCCCCGAGUGUAACCGUUGUUCGCGCGCUGGCAUCGUCUGUCCGCGAUAUGGCGACACGAAACCCCUCAGUUUGAAAUGGCUCGUCCCUGGAGUUGUCCAGUCGCACGAUCGCAGACCCAGGAAAAGGAAUGUUGGAAACAUACCUGAUGCCACUGCAGAACGGUCCUUAGCCAAUGCCCGCGGAAUGGCCGUUUCUCCUCGUCACAUGGAGAUGAUCGUGCCUGCGGAAAGUGACUUGGUCCAGGCUACGGAAUACUUUAAUGCGUAUGUUGGCCCAUCUAUACAGCCUGUGCUUGAAGUUGUCCCCGAAUUCGGCAUUCCCCUGAUCUCGCCCGCGAUAUUUCAAAAGUGUCUAGGCUGUCCCAGCCAUAUAAGACAUUUCAUGAUAUGCACCGCCCUGGGCCACCGGAUGAACCACAAUGGAGCCCAGUGCAAUGCCUUGGAACGGAAAUAUCUCCACUAUCGAGGCCUGAUGAUCAAGUCUCUUCGUAGCGACAUUAAUGUCGAGUGCACCGCUGGGAGAAGGGGCGGCUAUACUAUUGCCGGAAUUUUGGCCCUUUUACUGACCGACGCCCGACAGGGUGCCUCUUACCAAUCUUGGCGACAUCACCUCGAAGGAAUCCGAAAAAUCAUCAAACUGCGCGGCGGCAUGCGUGUGUCAAGUGGAACGGUUGGCAUAAUGCCUUCGCUUAAUUUAUUCAUGCUCACCGCUGUUCUAGGCGAUACUACAUCUCCUGCGUCAGACUUGGCUAUACUUCCUGCACACCUCGAGGACGUGGAGUAUAUGGUAAACACACAUGCCGAUGAAAACCAUGCUCUAUAUAUAAUGUUUCCCUCGCCUCUUUUCGCUGGAACGGCAAAGACCAAUUACCUUCGCAUGCGAGCCGCCAAAGAUAAGUCAGUAGAAGCCGGAGAGCUCGCUCAUGAGGCUUAUGACAUACUAGACGUUGUUCUUAGUUUCUCUCCAGAAAACUGGGCCAAGACUAAGACAAAAGCAUUGCAGAAAGACUGCAUGCUGCUGGGGAACCUAUAUAAAGCUGCCGUGGCAUUAUUCUGCAUCUCCUCGCUACAAAGCGUGUCAGCUCUGCCCAUGACACCAUUCCUGACACGCACUUGUGCCGCACUAAGCCAGCAGCUGCAGUCUUUCCUCGGCGAAGCACUCUUGUCCCAAAAAUUCGAAAGAAUUAUUAUCUGGCCCCUGGUUGUGCUCGGCGCGGAAGCUGUGAGAGGCGACGCGGCAAUGCGCGACUUUGUUCGAAAGGGUUUACUGGAGGUAAGUGGCUACACCGGCACAAUUACGCCGCGGAUGGCAAAAAGCGUGGUGGAGAGAUUCUGGGCUUCGGGAAAGACGCGUUGGGACGAUUGCUUCGACGAGUCGUAUAUGUUCUUGGGCGCGCAUGGGAUUGACUGCAGAGAGUUGUAG